UUUUACAGAAUAGAUGUUGAUUUUUUCUAAGUCAAUUUUGAUUCUACAAGAAAUAUUCUAUUGCAAUGUUCCGUGAAAAUCGAUUUCAUAUUCUCUGUGUGCUGUGGAUACCCGAUUAUUGUUGUGAAAUUGACGGGGGAAAAACGUGUUUUCGUCAAGUUCCAUCUAGAUUCUAAGUCUAGAUGUAGAUCUAGAUUUAAACUAUUCCGUGAUAAAGUAAGACAGAGUUUGUUAUAAUUUCAACUUAUGCUGGACGGUGAGGGAUUAAAAUUAAAGCUCAACACUGGCAACUCAAAGACUACGCACUGUUUGUAAACACUGUCAAAACCCUAAAAUUAUGACGCAAAAAUCUUUUCAAAAAGGAACACCACUUCCACCACUACAGCCAGGGCUUCUCAGACUGUACAGCAUGAGAUUUUGUCCAUUUGCACAAAGAACGAGACUGGUUCUUCUUUACAAAAACAUUCCGUUUGAAACAAUUAAUGUUGAUUUAAAACACAAACCUGAUUGGUUCUUUGAUAAAAAUCCCCUUGGUCUGGUGCCAAUUGUGGAACUAGAUGACAAGAUUAUUUAUGAAUCCACAGCCACAUGUGAAUGGCUUGAUGACAUUUACCCACAGCAUAGACUUCAGCCAAGUGAUCCUUACACAAAGGCAUGGGACAGGACUCUGUUGGAGUAUUUCGGAAAGCUUACAACAUUAAUUUAUGCAUUCUUGAGAGAGCCUGAUAAGCGAGAAAAAAAUGUUGAAGAACUUCAAAAACACCUGAAGUUUUAUGAAGAUACACUUGCUAAAAGGACCGGCCCAUUCUUUGGAGGUGAAACCCCGUCCAUGAUAGACUUUUACUUAUGGCCUCACUUUGAGCGUAUACCCGUCCUGGAAUCUAUCGACACAAGAGCUGGAGUCAGCAAAGACAACUUCCCCCACCUGGCAACUUGGUUUGAUGUCAUGUGCCAGCUGCCAGCUGUCAAGGCUACCAUGUGGGAUGCCAAAACACACUUGCAUUUCAUUCAGUCCUACGCAUCUGGCAAGCCUGAUUAUGAUUUUGGUUUGGUUGAGUAAUUGGGGCUGCCACAUUGUUUUGUCUAAGGCUGGAAUUUAAUAUGUUCUAGACCUUACAGAAGUCUAAAACACAUGUAAUUUUUGUCAUUGAUGACAUGUUGUUCAGAUAAAAAAAAUGGUGAAUUUGUGAUUGAAAACUUUUACACACUUUAAAAACUUAUUGUUUUUUUUUAAAGUUGUG